UUCUUCGUGCACUCAGGAUUGUUGUCUCCUACUGAACCAGAUCUUAUGUUGGACACUGUUUCAGGUUCGUUGUUUGAUAUGAUCCGCCAGUCUUUGGGACCUAUGGCUCACAUACCAUAGCACAUCAGACUGGCGCUGCGUUUGUAAAAGCCUUUUGGGACGUCCUGUGCUCAAUCCGUGAACGGCGAUAUAUAAAUGCAGGUCCUUUUCCUGAGGCUGUCGAAUGUGCGCGGCCCCUUUAAGAAGUGAGCGGGUGAAGUGAAGGAGCCACGUCCCCAAAGCUGGUGACGGGGGCGGGGGCAACCGGGUGUUGGCGAUGCCGCCUGCCCUCUGGACGCAGCUGGUGGCGUGGGCUUUGCUGCUGUCCUCCGUACCCCUCUGCCUGGGCUGGGACACGGCCGAGAUGGAGCUCUUCGACCUUGUGGAAGAAGUGCAGGAGAACUUUUACCGGUUCCUCGGCGUGGAGCAGGAAGCUACAUCUGCUGACAUAAGGAAAGCCUAUCGGAAAAUGUCUUUGAUCUUACACCCGGACAAAAACAAAGAUGAAAAUGCAGAAAUUCAAUUUAGACAAUUAGUGGCUAUCUAUGAAGUUUUGAAAGAUGAAGAGAAAAGACAGAGAUAUGAUGAAGUUUUGAAAAGUGGUCUGCCGGAUUGGCGACAGCCCGUUUUCUACUACCGUAGAGUGAGAAAGAUGAGCAAUGUUGAACUUUCUUUGCUUCUCUUUAUUAUCCUGACUGUGGGCCAUUAUGCUGUGGUUUGGUCGAUAUACUUUGAGAAACAACUGGAUGACCUCCUUACUAGAAAGAAGAGAGAGAAAAAGAAAAAAGCAAGUGGUAAAUCUUCGGAUGAAGGAAAAGCUGGUGUUCUUGAGAAGAAUGAGAGAUCUGUUGUAAAGCCUCAAUGGCAGGACCUGUUGCCUUGCAAGAUAGGACUUUGGUUUUAUUUCUUUCUGAAGUCAUUACCACAGUGCUGCCAGAAUGUUAAGGAUUCUUAUCUGGAAUGGAAAGAAAUGAAAGUGAAAGAAAAAGAAGCAGAAACCCAAGCCCAGUUUGAAGCUGUGCAGAAAGAAAAAAGGCCAAAAGUAAAGAAGCUAAAAUCUGAGUUUCCAGUGUACACAGCCCCUACCACUGGAAGUGUUGCCUAUGUAGCAUUACAUGAAGAAGCUUCAACUAUCGAGGAUAUUGAGGAUCAGGUAGCAGACUGGCUAGAAGACAGGUCAAAAGGGUCAAGAAAGGCCCCUGAGUGGACAGAAGAGGACCUCCGCCAGCUGACAAGAAGUAUGGUUAAGUUCCCAGGGGGCACUCCAGGUCGAUGGGAAAAGAUUGCUCACGAAUUGGGUCGAUCAGUGGCAGAUGUUACAACAAAAGCUAAACAAGUCAAAGAUUUUGUUUCGAGCACACCGGGAACAAUAAAACUAUUGGAUCUGAAGUCUGUAUCCCAGACUGUAAAGAGUGCCAAACGUGAAACAGUCCUGCCUGACCACAUAAUCACUAAAAGAGAUGAGGAAGUUGAAAAAGAAAAUGAAUUUGAAAAUGCAGAUGAACAAGAUAACUACACUGAGGCAUUGUCCACAGAGACUAGACCACGGAAACGAAAAAUUGCAAAAACAUCAGAGAGAACUGUUAUGAUUCAAGAUGAAAUUGAACAUAAACUGAAAGGAAGGCGCCAAAGAGACUUUGAUAACACAGAACUGGAUGAUGAUAGUGAUGAGGAGAAGAAAAGGAAAUGGAAGAUACAAUCUUCAGAAGAAAUUGCUGAAUUAUGGAAUCAAAAUCAACAAAAACUGCUUGAAUUAGCCUUGCAACAGUAUCCAAAAGGGACUUCUGAACGCUGGGACAAAAUAGCAAAAUGUGUACCAGGAAAAACAAAAGAAGAAUGCAUAAUCAGAUACAAACUAUUGGCUGAACUGGUAAUGAAGAGGAAACAAGCUAAAAGCUGACUGAAAAUGGUACUUACAAAGCACGGUCUCCCUCCAGGAAGCAGUACUGCACCAUGGACAAAUAUAUUGUUAAAUGUGGAGUCUAGUUGCUUAUAACUUACCUCAGCCUUCUUUUUGCCAAUGUCAUGUGCCUUAAUAAAAACAUUAAUGUGCCAAAAUGUCCUACAGAAAGAUCAGAUACACUCAUGUUUUAGAUUCUUCUUUGUUCACUAAAUGUUUACCAUCUAGCUAGUUUUUAUUUUGUUUAUAAGAAGCUAAUCUUCUGUAUCCCACUUCCAUGUUUGUCUCUAUACUGGUUAUAAGUUCGUAUUCCUUUCCUUUGAAAAUUGUUGGUAGAGUUUUGAUUCUUGUGUCUUUAAUUGACCAGUUCUUUUAUAACAUGCUAAUAGAGAACUGAAAGUUUUGACACUGUGUAAAAUUGAAUUUAAAAUUAAGAUCUUAAUUAAGGAGUUUAGUUUGAAUCUGUUUUUCUGUUUUUGUUUUAUUUCCAUCCCAAUCUUUCCUAAAGUUUGUUGUGCCAUCCUGUUCUGCAACAAGGGUGAUAAAUAGCCCUUCAGUAACUUAUCCAAGUAAGUGGACCUAACUUAAGCAUUGGAGUACACUGUAUCUGGAUCACAACCAGACCUGUUCUUAAUGAAAUCAGAAAGUGCUGCAGAAACUAAGCAGGUUUGGCAGCAACUGUGGUGAGAGGAAUUGAGUCUGAUGUAGCUGUUCUUUGAAACAGACAUAUCCUUGGUCACUGUGUACAUGUGCUUCCAGUACAAGUUUCUGGGUAGCGAACAAAAUUAGAAUCCUAUCUGAUUCUUAUCCCUAGCUCAAAAAAGUAAGACCAGUUUCAGCCCCGUCUGGGAUCAGCUGAUACAAUGCAGGUGGGUCAUAGGACUAGGGACCUUCCAGUUUAGUGAUAAUGGGAACUGCAGAUGCUGGAGAAUCCAAGAUAAUAAAAUGUGAGGCUGGAUGAACACAGCAGGCCCAGCAGCAUCUCAGGAGCUCUGAUGAAGGGUCUAGACCGGAAACGUCAGCUUUUGUGCUCCUGAGAUGCUGCUGGGCCUGCUGUGUUCAUCCAGCCUCACCUUUUAUUACCUUCCAGUUUAGAAUUGCUCGGUACCACACAAUAUGUUGCCCUAUAACCAGUAAAGAUUUGCCAUCUUCAGAUUGACAUUUUUUAAAAGAUUACAAAUAUAACUUGCUCUUAAAUUCUUGAGUUUAAGUUGAAAGGAUGCACCACGAGCUCUGUGCUGUCACUGCUUGUUUCUGCAACCUGUCCAUUAAUAAGUUAAUGUGUAACAUUUAGCAUUUACAGUAAGCCAAAUGAAGCAUUGUAUCUGUGAGUUACAUGUGUUGCUGGAACAGCACAGUGUAGAAACUUUCUGUGGUAUGUUUUCUAAUUCAAGCAUUUAUCCAGUUGGCAAAUGUGAUGUAUGUGUGAUUAUCAUUACACGUGUUUGAAGUUUGGUUUAUGCCAAACUCUUUUACUGAUAUUUGUAUUGUUUUUAGAUCAAGGCUUUGUGUAGUUACAUGUUUGUAUGCUGAAGUCUACUUGGAAGUCUAAUCUCGAAUGAAUUAUGAUAAUUUAAGAUUCCACAAUAUCUGCUUAUUACAACAUAAGUCAAGCACGCUUUAGCCAGCAGUCUUCCUUUCGAAUAACAAAUCUUACUUAUGUACUGUGAUGUACAGUGCAUCUAGUUCCCAAGGCGUUCAGUUUUAACAGUUCCAUCUGUUGUACACGAUAAACUGUUUUCAAAGCUGUUAAUGCUUGACAUGUUUUUCUCCCCACAUCUGUACUGGUAUGCCCUUGUAUAAUUUUCAAGUGUGUGGUGUAAACCCUCUGGAUUAAAUUAUAUUGUAAGAAAACCUUA